CGUACUUCCGCAACAGCCGAAGAAACCGGAAAUAGAAAAAUUUCAGACGACAUUUUGGUCAACAUUUGGGGAGUUUGUACUUUUGAAAAGUAUUUUGAACGCAUUUCGUCUUGUUUUCAGCCAAAUGUCGCGACAUAUCGGUUCAUAUCCCAUCCCACCCUACCUGAAGAACAAAUUAAUUACAGCGGGAUUUUCGACAGCGGAGGAUUUAGAGGAUGUGAAGCCAGUCGAGUUGAGCAAAGAGCUCAAGAUAACCCCAGCAGAAGCUCUGGAAGUCUUGAGAGUUGUCCAAGGAGACCAGAAGGAUCCCCCCUCCCCUGACGAGGGAGUGAAAACGGCCCUGGACAUGCUACAAGAGGAGAGAGAGCAGGGCGGUAUCAUCACGUUCUGCUCUGCUCUGGAUGAGCUGCUGGGGGGAGGGGUGCCGCUCACCAAGAUCACGGAGUUCUGUGGUGCACCGGGAGUUGGGAAGACACAAAUGGGGAUGCAGCUGGCAAUAGAUGUGCAAAUCCCCUCAGCUUUUGGUGGUUUGGGUGGAGAGGCAGUGUACAUAGAUACAGAAGGAAGCUUCAUGGUCCACAGACUAGAAGACAUGGCCAAGGCUGCAAUGGAGCAUUGUAGACACAUAGCUACGGUGGAGAAUAAUAGAGACCAACUGGAGGCAAUGGCAGACUUCACUGUGGAACACAUUUUAUCAAGAAUCCAUUUCUACAGAGUUCAUGACUGGGUAGAACUAGUGGCUCUCAUCAACAUUCUACCAGAGUUUUUGCAAGAACAUUCCAAGGUACGCCUUGUGGUGAUAGACAGCAUUGCCUUCCCCUUCCGACAUGACUUUGAAGACCUGUCUCUUCGGACCAGGCUGCUGAAUGGCCUGGCACAGAACUGCAUCAGGCUAGCAGACAGUCACAAAGCAGCUGUGGUGCUUGUGAACCAGAUGACCACCAAGAUGGGGCAUGCUGGUGAUGGGCAGGCUCACCUCGUUCCUGCAUUAGGAGAAAGUUGGGGACAUGCCAGUACCAUACGAGUGCUGCUCUUCUGGGAGGCUGGCUGCAGGUAUGCAAGGUUGUACAAGUCACCAACUCGAGAAGAAGCAACAGUACCGUAUCAAGUGACAUAGUGGUAGCGCAGUGCCCUCCCUCGUGCGUCGUCCGUGAAUGGGUAGAAGCCGUACAUGUGGAUCUGGUCGCAGAUGGUGGCAGCAAGGGUGUACAUGUGGGCACCGGUGGAUGGACGGAGGAUCUCGAACCCAGCGUCUCUCCAGAUACUGUAAUACCGGUAUAUUUGAUUUAGAUAGUAAUGCAUCAUCUAUGAUGAUUACAUUCAAAUACAGAACCCAGACAAGAGAAUGUUUAGAAAAUAGUUUAGUUCAGUUCACCUUUAUAUACUGAUAAGCCCUGUCGGCCAACAUGUAGGCCGUUCUUCCCAGAGGACCAGUUGAGGGGAGGUGUCACGGGGAAAAAAAGGAUCUCAUACUGCCAAUAAAAUGUUUUUUGUCUCCCCAUGAAUAAGUAGCCUCACCCAUUGACCCCAUGACCUGGAAUGUCUGUCAGGGUUGAUGAAUGACUUGUUCUACCGACUCUGAACUCGACUUCCUGUCACUCUGGCAACCUUUUGCCCCACACUUCCUGCCACUAGUAAGAGUUGCCCCAAAAUGCAUGUCAUAUAGAAAUAACUAUAUAAACAGACACAAUUAAUUCAGAACGUACUGAGGUGAUGAC